AUGUCGAUGGAAGUCGAUUCUGUGGCGCUGCCAUCCAUCCAAAAACCACAGACAGCCACUAUUUUGUGUUGCAAUUGUGGUGCCCCCAUCGACGGGACCUUAUCUGCAGGUGCAUUGUGUUACGAUUGUAUUAAACUCUCCGUUGAUGUCUCCGAGGGUAUACAGCGAGAAGGCGUACUACACACAUGCAGAGAUUGCGAAAGAUGGUUAAGUCCGCCCGCUCAAUGGGUCACUGCUGGAUUGGAGAGUAGAGAACUUCUCGCCCUAUGUCUGAAGAAACUCAGAGGUCUUAACAAAGUCCGAAUCAUUGACGCAAGCUUUCUCUGGACCGAGCCUCAUUCCAGGCGGGUGAAGGUCAAGAUCACCGUUCAACAAGCAGCAUUUGAAGGAACCAUACUGCAACAGACAUUCGAGGUCGAAUAUGUUGUUGCCAAUCAACAAUGCCCAGAGUGCGCGAAAUCAUUUACCCCGAAUACCUGGCGAGCAUCGGUGCAGGUCCGACAGAAGGUGUCUCACAAACGUACUUUUCUAUACCUUGAACAACUGAUGCUCAAGCAUGGAGCACACAAAGACACAAUCAACAUCAAGGAAGUCAAAGAUGGCUUAGACUUCUACUUUGCACAACGAAACCAUGCUGAGAAAUUUGUCGACUUCCUCUCAUCGGUAACUCCUGUGAAGACGAAAAAGUCUCAAGAAUUGAUUUCGAUGGACAUCCACACCUCUACCAAAUCCUACAAAUUCACCUACUCUUGUGAACUGCUACCAAUCUGCAAAGACGAUCUGGUUGCACUACCACCGAAGCUUGCGAAGUCGAUUGGCAACAUCUCACCAUUGGCUCUUUGCUACAGAAUAGGCACAUCAGUCAAUCUUAUUGAUCCAAGUACUUUACAGACUGCCGAUUUACCAUCAUCGGUAUAUUGGAGAGCCCCUUUCAAGAGUCUUGCGGACGUAAAGGAGCUAGUUGAAUUUGUGGUACUGGACAUUGAGCCAACGGGUGUUCAAAACGGUCGAUUCUUUGGAGCGGAGGCUACUGUUGCUAGAGCUUCUGAUCUGGGAUCAAAUGACACUACUUACUAUUGCAGAACUCAUCUAGGAGGCGUCCUCCAUGUAGGAGAUUCAGUGCUAGGCUUCCAUUUGACCGGAACAAAUUUCAACAAUCCUCAGUUUGAAGAGAUGGAGCAAAGCCACGCCUAUGGUUCAACGAUACCAGAUGUUCUACUUGUCAAGAAGUUCUACGCUCGAAAGAAGAAGCCGAAGGCGAGAAGCUGGAGACUUAGACGAAUGGAGAAAGACGAGGGAGAGCUCUUGCCAAAGAAGACAGAUCAAGAGCGGAUGGAUGCUGAUUAUGAAAUGUUCUUGCGAGAUGUGGAGGAAGACUCUGAGUUGAGACAGACUCUUGCUCUUUACAAAGCUAAGCAGGAGAAGGCCAAGGCUGCAGAUGAUGCCAUGAGCAUCGUCACAGGUGAUGAGAGUGAUGAUGAAGUCCCGAAGAUCAACAUGGACGAGUUACUGGAGGACUUUGACGAAUUGAAUGUUAAUGAUAUGGAGGCAUGA